AAGGAAAAGGAAAUGCACAGUGGCUCAUGGAAUGAAUCACAUCUGGUUUAAUUGUAGGUAGAAGAUGAGACUGUUUUAUGCAAUAUUCCUUACAUGGGAGAUGAGGUGAAAGAAGAAGAUGAAACUUUCAUUGAAGAGCUGAUCAAUAACUAUGAUGGGAAAGUCCAUGGUGAAGAAGAGAUGAUUCCUGGAUCUGUCCUGAUAAGUGAUGCUGUUUUCCUGGAAUUGGUAGAUGCUCUGAAUCAACACUCAGAUGAAGAGGAGGAAGGGCACAAUGACACCACUGAUGGAAAACAGGAUGAUAGCAAAGAAGAUCUUCCAUUAACAAGAAAGAGAAAACGACAUUCUAUUGAAGGCAACAAAAAAAGUUCCAAGAAACAGUUCCCAAAUGACAUGAUCUUCAGUGCCAUUGCCUCCAUGUUCCCUGAAAAUGGUGUCCCAGAUGACAUGAAGGAGAGGUAUCGAGAACUAACAGAAAUGUCAGAUCCCAAUGCACUUCCCCCUCAGUGCACACCCAACAUCGAUGGGCCCAAUGCCAAGUCUGUGCAACGGGAGCAAUCUCUGCACUCCUUCCACACACUCUUUUGCCGACGCUGCUUUAAAUACGACUGUUUCCUUCACCCCUUUCAUGCCACCCCUAAUGUGUAUAAACGCAAGAACAAAGAAAUCAAGAUUGAACCAGAACCCUGUGGCACAGACUGCUUCCUUUUGCUGGAAGGAGCAAAGGAGUACGCCAUGCUCCAUAAUCCCCGCUCCAAGUGCUCUGGGCGCCGCAGGCGAAGGCAUCAUGUGGUCAGUGCUUCUUGCUCCAAUACUUCAGCCUCUGCUGUGGCUGAGACUAAAGAAGGGGACAGUGACAGGGACACAGGCAAUGACUGGGCCUCCAGUUCUUCAGAGGCUAACUCUCGUUGUCAGACCCCCACAAAACAGAAGGCCAGUCCAGCCCCACCUCAACUUUGUGUUGUGGAAGCCCCUUCAGAGUCUGUGGAGUGGACCGGGGCUGAAGAAUCUCUUUUUAGAGUCUUCCAUGGCACCUACUUUAACAACUUCUGUUCCAUUGCCAGGCUUCUGGGGACGAAGACAUGUAAGCAGGUCUUUCAGUUUGCAGUGAAAGAAUCACUUAUCCUGAAGUUGCCAACAGAUGAGCUCAUGAAUCCAUCACAGAAGAAGAAACGAAAGCACAGAUUGUGGGCUGCACACUGCAGGAAAAUUCAGCUGAAGAAAGAUAACUCUUCUACACAAGUGUACAACUAUCAGCCCUGUGACCACCCAGACCGGCCCUGUGACAGCACCUGCCCCUGCAUCAUGACUCAGAAUUUUUGUGAGAAGUUCUGCCAGUGCAAUCCAGAUUGUCAGAAUCGUUUCCCUGGCUGUAGAUGCAAGACCCAGUGUAAUACCAAGCAGUGUCCUUGCUAUCUGGCAGUACGAGAAUGUGAUCCUGACCUGUGCCUCACCUGUGGGGCUUCAGAACACUGGGACUGCAAGGUGGUCUCCUGCAAAAACUGCAGCAUCCAACGUGGCCUCAAGAAGCACCUGCUGCUGGCCCCUUCCGAUGUGGCCGGAUGGGGCACCUUCAUUAAGGAGUCUGUGCAGAAAAAUGAAUUCAUAUCUGAAUAUUGUGGUGAGCUCAUCUCUCAGGAUGAAGCUGACCGAAGAGGGAAGGUCUAUGACAAGUAUAUGUCCAGCUUCCUUUUCAACCUCAACAAUGAUUUUGUUGUAGAUGCUACCCGGAAAGGAAACAAAAUUCGAUUUGCAAACCAUUCAGUGAACCCCAACUGUUAUGCCAAAGUGGUCAUGGUGAAUGGAGAUCAUCGCAUUGGGAUCUUUGCGAAGAGGGCAAUUCAGGCUGGUGAAGAACUCUUCUUCGAUUACAGGUACAGCCAAGCUGAUGCCCUCAAGUACGUGGGGAUUGAGAGGGAGACCGAUGUCCUCUAGCCCUACUGGCCCUGCACCAGGCACUGUCUGUUCAUGCACACACCACUGCAGCUCAAGCCCCUGCACUAUGUGUCUUCCACACCAAGAAACCCCACCCGCUCCCUCUGUAGCAAGGCCUCAGCUGUGUCCCAGAAGGACAAACCAUCUCAGUGAGAAGAGGGAAGACAGAGACAACCAUGGCUUGGUCUUCCAGGCAAGAAAGCUCAAAUGUGGAGGUUGCAUCUCAACCUGAAGAGGGCACAGGCUGGGGUGGAUGAUAACGCUUGAUUUCUCCUCAGCCCUCCAGGCUGUGAACCUCAGGAAUUCCCUUUGGCAGUUUCUGACAAGUGCUGUCAUUUUAGCUUUCCCAAACAAGGGUCUUUAUGUAAUUGGGAUGCCAGGAAUAUCUAAAUGAAGUCUGGUCCCUGGAGCCUACUGUGCUCUGGAUUAGAGGUAAGCUUGCAGUUAAUAUAGAGUGUAUGCAGAGGGAGAUGGUUGCCUUCCUAUUGCUUCCCUCUAGGGGGGUCCAAACUGAAGGCUUUCAGAAGGUCUUCCCUGUACUUCUGAAGGGGUGUGGUAUUUUCAGAUUCCUGGGAGCAGGCACCAGCACCCCAGCUCCUUCCAAAGUUGUAGCUCAGUAACUGCAGGCAGGCCUUACGUACUCCUAGUGAAGCAUUGGGUGUGUCUGCUUCAUUGGACUGUAGGGUUUUUUUUUUUUUUUCAGGCUUUCCUUUCCUAGAGGCUAGGUCCAAAGGGCCAAGUGUCUGGGAAUGGGGCUGGAUUAGAGAGGGAUAGAUUGUUGGUAUGAUUUAGUCCCUGUCUCCUGCUGUUUGGAAAGGAAAGGGUGAGUUGGCAAUAUGUUUGCAGGUGGGUGAGGGAUGCAGUUGCACACAUUUAGAAUGGUGUCACAGUGCAGGGCAGGCUGGCAAAAGGUGUUUGCUGUGUGGAGCCGGCAAAUCACCUGACCCAGUCUGAGGUGCCAUUCUCUCUGGGAUUCAUGUAGAACAAAGCACUUUAACUUUCUUUUAGAAGGUCUAUAGAUUGGAGUAGAAUUUAAGCCAGGGUCUCUUGUUUCUGCCCAAAUCCCACUUCAGAGGAAGCGGGGUGAGAGGGGCUAGAUAUUUUCCCCUCCAUUUCCAACUCAUGUAGGAGAGGCAGGAAGAACUGGCUUGACUCAGAAUUUACAAGUCAGGAGCCAGCAAGAGCUGCCCUGGGUCUGUGACUGGUGUGCUGAGCUGGCAGGGAAUAAAGAACAUUGUGCUGGGUAGAAAGGGCUCAGACAGGUAUGGACUGGCCUAGGGAGUGUUAGAAUGGGGAGCCAGAAUUUCCCUUUUUUCUAGAGAACCAGAGCCUCCUACACUUGACCUGUACACACAGACACACACACUUAGGCACGUAUACACACACAUACACACAGCCUCCUACACUUGA